UUUAACCUCCUCUUAAGCAUACCCACUUCUCCCUAAUCUAUUGAAGCAUCCUGCAACACAUUUAUCUUAUUAAAUGAACAUGUUUUUGCUGCUAUUUGUGGUAUGUGGUCUUCUAUAUCUUCCUCAGAGCUUGGAAUAUCAAGAUGUGGUCUUAAGAGACAUCAUUAUUGACAAUAAUGUGACAGGAAUCUUAGGAGAGGAAGUCCACCUGCAUUGUCUGUACUCUGGCAUACGCAACAUCAGUUUUUCCUCCUGGUUGCACCUGGGUUCAAAAACUAGAUUUCGGCCAAUGGCAGGAUACAAGGAUGGCAAGCCAUUCAACAAAGAUAACUUCUUCAUUCCAGCAUCCCACACCAAUCUUACUGUGAAAGUGAGAAUAAAUAGCUUAGAGGUAGAGGGAAAUUACGCAUGUGUGUUCAGGACAGAGGAUGAUGAGGAAUUCAGGGAUAAACUUCUCCUUAAAGUCAUUGCUCGGCCCUAUGUGAAUACUCAUGCAGAGGAAGAAGUUCUGAAUGGAACUCAUUACCAAAACAUCAAUUGUUCAGCUUCCUAUGCAAAGCCCAGUGCAAGUCUCCACUGGGACAUCCAUGGUGCUCCACCCAGGAAUGACAUUUUCUCCAUCCACAACACACACUCAACUCUGCCAAAUGGCACAGUCAGUAUUGUCAGCAUGCUACGUUUCCCCAUCCACAGGAAUAAUGAGAGUAGUGUUGCCUGUGUGAUUCAACACCCAGCUUUGCCUGAACCUAUUACAACUAUUAUAAAUUUACAAACAUUUGUUUCUCCAAAUGUAACUUUGGAAAUGGCUGUGAUUGAAAAUGAAGGAAAAGCUUUCUUUAAGGUCCUCUGCAAAGCAAAGGGAGGAAGACCUCAUCCGUCAAACACUUGGAUCAAGCCUAAAUCUGCAGAUAAAUCAUGUUCUGCCCAUUUAAUGAAUUUUGAAUCCCUUUCCAGUUCUCACUGCUUCCCAUUAGAUGUUUAUGAAGGUGAAAAUAUCACCUGCAUUUUUGGUUACCCGCAUCUUUCUGCCAUAGAAAAAACGAUUACGCUGCCAAAAUACUAUCUCACCUCUCUUCAGCUGACCAACAGCAGCAUUAAGGGGAAACAUUUACAUACCUCUGAUUUGUUGAUAUUAGAUGAGGAGGACAGUGACAUCAGAAUAGGCAUGGAUGUGUUGGGACAUGUUCCAAGAUAUGAAAUUAAUUGCACAAAGGAUGAUAAACCUCUGUCAGAGAAUAUAAACGUGGUUGGUAAUGAUCUCGUUAUAAAAGGUCCUGUUGAGACAAACCAUUCAGGCCAAUACCAAUGUCAUGCCUCCUUUUAUAGCCAUGCAGCCUCUUUAAGGUUUAAAAUAGAAGUGAAGCCGAGAUUCCAAGUAUCAGCAUUACUCCAUAUGACACUGCUCUCCAACAUGACUUGGGACAAUGGAAUUAAGUAUACAGAGGUAAAAUGCAUGGCAGAAAAUGUAUCUCCUGAUGUCAAUAUUACUUGGCAUACUGUAGACUGCAGAAGUGAAAUCAAUGCUUCUGAGCCUGGAAAGGUUUCUGGAAGUCAUCAAGACCUCGGUGUGAUUUGGAAAAUGAUACGGAUCCCAGUUUACUCUUAUGCAGGGUGCAAAGUAAUUUGUGUGGUGCACCACCCUGCAUUGGAGAAACCUAUGCAAAAGUGCAUUCAAAUUCCUUUCAUAGGACCACCCAGCCGUUAUGUGAGUGUUGCUUUGCAGAAAGACUCCACACACUGGGCUGCUGUGUGUAAAUGCAAAAGUGAUGAAGCUAUGAUUAACAUCUCCUGGGUCAUUUCUGAUACCAAUAAAACUGCCGUACCUUCCAGCAAAAAUACCACAACGGAGGGCUGGAGGAGGGUAUUCACAAGCAUUUAUAAAUUUGACCUGUCCCAACAUGAAGGGAAGUUCUUGACAUGUGUUAUUCAAAGUGAGUUUGGGGAAUUUGAAAGGAGAACCAUACGUGUACCCAAUUUUUUUAUCUCAUCUAUUGUUGUUUUGAACAAAACUCUUCCACUGCAUCGGAGCCAUGGGCAAAAGACUGGCUUGCACAGAGUGGUACUGAAGGAACGUGUUUCCAACCAGAAGAUAAUAUUUAAAGUUAAUGGAAAUGCAUCAGCGUAUAAUAUCAAAUGUUUCAGAUCCAAUGGACUUUCUGCAAACACUGUUGGUUUGGCUCUGGUAUUUGCUCAGCAAGUGUCAGAGAGUGAUACUGGUUUGUACACAUGCAGUGCAUCUUGGUACCAUCACAAUGCCACGGUGACUGUUUUGGUGGAUAUAACCAGCCAGGAAAUCCACAGUAUGGUGCUUAUCCUGAUCUGUUUCUCCUCUGCUGUUGCAAUCACCAUCAUAAUGGUGGUCACACUCUGCAUAUUCUGCAAAAGAAGUGAAGAAAGCCACUCUUCAACCCAGGACUGGAAGAAGCGUGAGUCUUUGGCUGCCCUGAUGCAGGACCCACGGUCACCAGAACUCAAGAAGGCCAGCGGGCAGGAUUAUGCAGAGCUAGUUCAAUAUUCCAUAGUGAUUGAUGUUAAAACCACAGUGUGAGGAGAGGUUUGAGUAUUCGGAUGUCUGAUAUAUGAUUAGAUUUGACAUAGCAGCAUGGUGUUAUGGCUUUGAGUCAGAGGGUUGGCGGUUUAACCCAAGCUCCACCAAGCUGCCAAUGCGGAGUGAGAUCCUUAACCCUGCCUGCUCUAAAUGUGAUAUACCCUGGCGGAGCCUGCACUCUGACCCGACUUCCUAACAAAGAAAUAGGGUAUGCAGAGAAAAGUAUUUCACCGUUCUGUAAAAUAUAUGUGACAAAUAGAAGUUGUUGUUAAUGUCAUCCUUUGCUUUACACUGAUCCUGUUUUGUUAUCUGUGUGGUAUGCAUUAAUUCAUUAAAGACUAUAGUGCUAAAGUGGCUCUUCCCCUAUUAAAUACACAUUGCAUUUAGUUUUUUAGUUAGGGUUCUAAUUGAAUGUCACAAAAAAAGCUUUAAAAAAAUAAUUACAGUGGAACCUUGGAUUACAAGCAUAAUUUGUUCCGGGGUAGCGUGGUAUUUCAAAAUACUGGUAAACUAAAUCAAAUUUUCCCAU